AUGGCUUCAUUCACAGACAUGGACUUCAGCUGCCCAGUGUGCUUGGAGGUCUACAAGAACCCUGUGGUGUUGCCGUGCUGCCACAGCUUCUGUAAGGCCUGUCUGCAGAACUGGUGGGGAGAGAAUGUGACUCGGCCGUGUCCAGUCUGUAAGAGGUGCUCCUCCGUGACAGAUCCUCCGUGUAACCUGGCCCUUAAGAACCUGUGUGACACCUUCUCUCAGCAGCUGAGCCUGAAGCAGCCCUCUCAGACAGACGCCAUCUGCCCACGUCACACAAAGAAACUACAGCUCUUCUGUUUGGAUCAUCAACAGCCUGUGUGUCUGGUCUGUCGAGAUUCCAGAGCACAUCACAAGCACAAGUUCAGGCCCAUCAAUGAAAUGGCACAGGACUACAGGGAGCAGCUGCAGAAGAGUCUGCUGCCCCUACAAGACAGACUGCAGAAAAGCAGUGAUGUGAUCCACCACUGGUGUCAGACCAGUGAGUACAUCAGACAGCAGGGCGACCGCACAGAGAAGCUCAUUCAGAAGGAAAUUAACAAAAUUAGAGACUUUCUGCAGAAGGAAGAGCAGGAGCGGGUACUGGCUGUGAGGACUGAGGUGCAGCAGAAGAUCAGCCUGAUGGAGCAGAACGUCACUGCUCUGUCUGAAGAGAUGGACACUCUGUCAAACAGCAUCAGACAAACACAGGAGGAGCUCAAAACUAGUGAUGUCACAUUCCUCCAGACAUACAGCGGUGCAGUGAGACGAGUGCAGGAGGCCCCUUUAAAGGUUAUUCCACAAAUGCCCUCUGGGGCUCUGGUGGAUGUGGCCAAACAUCUGGGCAACCUGGGGUUUAACAUCUGGAACCAGAUGAAGGAUCUGGUGUCCUACACUCCAGUCGUGCUGGAUCCAAACACUGCAAACAGAUCCUUGUUUACGUCUGAUGAUCUGUGCAGUGUGCACUGUGCAAACAUAAAAACAGAUGAAGCACCAGAGCUUCCAUGGGUCCCAGAAAACCCUGAGAGGUUUAUUUAUUAUCUCAAUGCGCUCGGGAACGAGGGGUUCACGACUGGGAAACAUCGUUGGGAGGUGGAUGUUCAAAAAAAAGGAAACUGGGCAGUUGGUGUCAUAACUAAAUCAGCCCCUCGUAAAGGAGACAUAUCGUGUGGAUACUGGGAAAUUUGGUUCAAAGAAGAUCACUACACUGCGUAUGCUCCACCUCACAUAGACAAGAAUAACGGGCUAGAAUGUGACAAUAACAGCACAGUAGAAACAAAAACAAUCUCAGAGGAAACCACAGAGACCCAAACCCUGUCGAAAAGGCAAAGAAAGAAACUUAUGAGGCAACAGAAAUGGGAAGAAGAGAGAGAUCUGCGAAAGCAAAAGAGAAAAGAUAGAAGACAACAACGUCGGCUCCAACGGCAGAAUAAUCAGGACGAGGACAAGGCUGAGGCCGACUGGAAUCCUAGAAAACGUCUCCGGAAAGAGGUGACCCCCAGCUCCGUCCGGCUGGUGGUGGACUGCAGCUUCGAUAGCCUCAUGCUAAUGAAGGAUGUCAGUAAACUUCACAAACAACUCCAGCGGUGCUAUGCUACAAACAGGCGGGUCUUACAUCCUGUCCAGUUUAUAGUGACAAGUUUGGGAGGCCAGCUGAAGCAGAGUAUGGACGAAAAGGACAAAGGAUGGGUGAACUGGAAGGACAUCUCCUUCAAGUCGGAGCACUACAUCGAUGUUAUUGCCAAAGAGGACCUGGUUUACCUCACCUCCGACUCCCCCAAUGUGUUGACUGAACUGGACCAAAGCAAGGCCUACGUCAUCGGGGGCCUGGUGGACCACAACCAUCAUAAGGGUCUUACUUUUGAGAAGGCACAGGAGCUGGGGAUUGCUCAUGCCCAGCUUCCACUCAGCAGUUUUGUAAAGAUGAAUAGUCGGAAAGUCCUGGCUGUCAAUCAUGUGUUUGAGAUCAUCCUGUGGUAUUUGGAGAAGGGGACCUGGCAGGACGCCUUCUUCACGGUGCUCCCACAGAGGAAAGGUGCUGUGGCUCUGGACCAGGACGAAACCAAACAGGACCAAGAGUCGGACUCUGAUUCUGACGACGAUGCUCCUCAGCAGAAAGAGGAAAAACCACUCAGCUAA